GGAGUGUGGCGGGAGGCUUCGGAGGCGGGCGGGCCGGCCGUUUUAUUGUUUCCUCUCGCCCUCCUCCUCCCGCGCCCGCCCCGGCGUCACUGGAAAGCCGCCCGAACAGCCCGGCGGCGGGCUAUUUAUAGAGCGGGCGGCGCGCGCGUCACGGAGCCCGGCCUGGCUGACGGGGCCGCUGACGCGCUUGGCCGCCGGGCCGAGUCCGCGGGGCUGCUCGCCGGGUGCCGGCGACAAUGGGCUUCUGUGUGUGCAGCUGCCGCCGCCACCAGGGGCCGGGGGAGGGAGGCGGGUGGCCGCUCCCUGACCUCCCUCCCUCCCGGCUACGACCCCCUGAAAGGUAACCGGCCUCUUCCGCCCCCGGCCAGGACCCAGGCCCCGCGGGCUCCCCACCCCCACAUUUCAUCUGUAAGUUCCUUUGCCCCAGCCUCCGCUUCCACUUCCCCUGCUUUCCUAUUUUCUCCCUUCCCCAACUUGAAGAAAGUGGGGGAUCUAUCCCGCCCCGGGCAGCCACUUUGUGCGCCCCGGGGAGCGGGACCCACACCGGGCGCGCCCAGCUGGGGACGCAGUGACGGAGGGGCCGGCAGCGCCGGGCAGGAAGGAGAUCCGACAGACUGGACUCCCCAUUGCUUUUCUAAAUACCUUGGAAACUGUCCUUCAUUGAAUUACGACACUGUCCACCUUUAAUUUCCUCGAAAACACCAGUAACUCGGCUGAAGCCAUGCCUUGUGUUCAGGCGCAGUAUGGGUCCUCGCCUCAAGGAGCCAGCCCUGCUUCUCAGAGCUACAGUUACCACUCUUCGGGAGAAUACAGCUCCGAUUUCUUAACUCCAGAGUUUGUCAAGUUUAGCAUGGACCUCACCAACACUGAAAUCACUGCCACCACUUCUCUCCCCAGCUUCAGUACCUUUAUGGACAACUACAGCACAGGCUACGACGUCAAGCCACCUUGCUUGUACCAAAUGCCCCUGUCCGGACAGCAGUCCUCCAUUAAGGUAGAAGACAUUCAGAUGCACAACUACCAGCAACACAGCCACCUGCCCCCCCAGUCUGAGGAGAUGAUGCCGCACUCCGGGUCGGUUUACUACAAGCCCUCCUCGCCUCCGACACCCACCACCCCGGGCUUCCAGGUGCAACACAGCCCCAUGUGGGACGACCCGGGGUCUCUCCACAACUUCCACCAGAACUACGUAGCCACUACACACAUGAUUGAGCAGAGGAAAACGCCUGUCUCCCGCCUCUCGCUCUUCUCCUUUAAGCAGUCGCCCCCAGGCACUCCGGUGUCUAGCUGCCAGAUGCGCUUCGACGGGCCCCUGCACGUCCCCAUGAACCCGGAGCCCGCGGGCAGCCACCACGUGGUGGACGGGCAGACCUUCGCUGUGCCCAACCCCAUUCGCAAGCCUGCGUCUAUGGGCUUCCCCGGCCUGCAGAUCGGCCACGCGUCUCAGCUGCUUGACACACAGGUGCCCUCGCCACCGUCGCGGGGCUCCCCCUCCAACGAGGGGCUGUGUGCGGUGUGUGGCGACAAUGCGGCUUGCCAGCACUACGGCGUGCGCACUUGUGAGGGCUGCAAAGGCUUCUUUAAGCGCACAGUGCAAAAAAACGCGAAAUAUGUGUGUUUAGCAAAUAAAAACUGCCCAGUGGACAAGCGGCGCCGGAAUCGUUGUCAAUAUUGCCGAUUUCAAAAGUGCCUGGCUGUUGGGAUGGUCAAAGAAGUGGUUCGCACGGACAGUUUAAAAGGCCGGAGAGGUCGUUUACCCUCGAAACCGAAGAGCCCACAGGAGCCCUCUCCCCCCUCGCCCCCGUUCCAGGCGAACCCUGACUAUCAGAUGAGUGGAGAUGACACCCAGCAUAUACAGCAGUUCUAUGAUCUCCUGACUGGCUCCAUGGAGAUCAUCAGGGGCUGGGCGGAGAAGAUCCCUGGCUUUGCUGACCUGCCCAAAGCUGACCAGGACCUGCUUUUUGAAUCAGCUUUCUUAGAACUGUUUGUCCUUCGAUUAGCAUACAGGUCCAACCCAGUGGAGGGUAAACUCAUCUUUUGCAAUGGGGUGGUCUUGCACAGGUUGCAAUGCGUGCGUGGCUUUGGGGAAUGGAUUGAUUCCAUUGUUGAAUUCUCCUCCAACUUGCAGAAUAUGAACAUCGACAUUUCUGCCUUCUCCUGCAUUGCUGCCCUGGCUAUGGUUACAGAGAGACAUGGGCUCAAAGAACCCAAGAGAGUGGAAGAACUGCAAAACAAAAUUGUAAAUUGUCUCAAAGACCACGUGACUUUCAAUAAUGGGGGGUUGAACCGCCCCAACUAUCUGUCCAAACUGUUGGGGAAGCUCCCAGAACUCCGUACCCUUUGUACACAGGGUCUACAACGCAUUUUCUACCUGAAAUUGGAAGACUUGGUACCACCACCAGCAAUAAUUGACAAACUUUUCCUGGACACUUUACCUUUCUAAGAUCUUCUCCCAUGCACUUAUAAGGAACUGGAAAGAAAACUGAAACUGUCCAGAGGGGGCUAGUCACAUGGGCAGAGAUAGCCCUCUGAGCUGUCUCAGCUCAAGCUGUUCCCUCUUCUGUAAAACCCCCAGCCCCUCCAUUCCUAAAGAAAACAAACAAACAAAAACUGUUGCUAUUUCCUAACCUGCAGGCAGAACCUGAAAGGGCAUUUUGGCUCCGGGGCAUCCUGGAUUUAGAACACGGACUACACACAAUAAAGUGGUAUAAACUUUUUAUUAUCAGUUAAAGAUCAAUUUAAUGUUCAGAAGAAAGAUUGCUCAUGUAUGAUGGGAGAUGUUUGGCCAUGGUUGGUUGUUGCAGUUAAGACAGAUGUAAUACACACACACACACACACACACACACACACACACACACCUAUCGUAUGGGGACCCACAAGUAUUGCCCUUUAACAAGACUUCAAAGUUUUCUGCUGUAAAGAAAGCUGUAAUAUAUAGUAAAACUAAAUGUUGCGUGGGUGGCAUGAGUUGAAGAAGGCAAAGGCUUGUAAAUUUACCCAAUGCAGUUUGGCUUUUUAAAUUAUUUUGUGCCUAUUUAUGAAUAAAUAUUACAAAUUCUAAAAAAUAAGUGUGUUUGCAAAAAAGAAAAUAAAUAAUUACAUAAAAAGGGACAAGCAUGUUGAUUCUAGGUUGAAAUGUUAUAGGCACUUGCUACUUCAGUAAUGUCUAUAUUAUAUAAAUAGUAUUUCAGACACUAUGUAGUCUGUUAGAUUUUAUAAAGAUUGGUAGUUAUCUGAGCUUAAACAUUUUCUCAAUUGUAAAAUAGGUGGGCACAAGUAUUAACACAUCGGAAAAUCCUGGCAAAAGGGACACAUAGUGUUUGUAACACCGUCCAACAUUCCUUGUUUGUAAGUGUUGUAUGUACUGUUGAUGUUGAUAAAAGAAAGUUUAUAUCUUGAUUAUUUUGUUGUCUAAAGCUAAACAAAUCUUGCAUGCAGCAGCUUUUGACUGUUUCCAGAGUGCUUAUAAUAUACAUAACUCCCUGGAAAUUACUGAGCACUUUGAAUUUUUUUUUGUUUUUUUAAAAUGUCUAAAAUUGUCAGUUAAUAUAUUAUUUUAUGUUUGAGUAAGAAUUUUAAUAUUGCCAUAUUCUGUAGUAUUUUUCUUUGUAUAUUUCUAGUAUGGCACAUGAAAUGAGUCACUGCCUUUUUUUCUAUGGUGUAUGACAGUUAGAGACUGAUUUUUUUUCUGAUAAAUUCUUUCUUUGAGAAAGACAAUUUUAAUGUUUACAACAAUAAACCAUGUAAAUGAA